UCUUCGACCCCGCGCUAAUGAAAUGAUGACACACUUUCCCGUCCCUUGAAGCGAGGGGAGACACCGGGGUCGACGAAUCGCUGCAAAUCUCUUCAUCUCUACCCCACAACUGCCCCAGCCUGCCCCUCAAUCAGUCAGCCAGGCCCUCCAAUUCGGAAGACUCGAUUGUACAAAAGGAACCCCUGCCCCCAGCGCGACAACGAAAGUUCGCCCCCUCGUCUUCCUUCUUCUUUACACUUUUGACGGCAAGACGAUGUUUGAAAAACACGAAAAGCCCCAGCCAAAGCCUGAAGGGGCCCACGACGUGCAGCACUCGGAAGCGUCCCUCGACAAUGACACAGAGGUCGACCCCGAGCACUUUAUGCUCUCCAAAGAGAACAAGCAGCUCCUCGCCGACAACCACGCGUACGUGUGGCACAAAGACGAGCAAGGAAACCUCUUGGUAAAGUCUUUGAAGGGAGACCCGAGCGACCCGAGGAGCUGGCCGAAUUGAAAGAGGUAUGCCAUCGUCGGGCUCGCGAGUUUGUUGAACAACUUGGUCUGUCUUUGUGUAUCAGGCUACAGUACCGGUGUCGAGCAAAUGGAAGAAGAGUUCGGCUUCAGUGCCGAAGUCGGUACAGUCGGCUUGUCUCUCUACGUCCUUGGUUUUGCGUUGGGUCCUAUGUGUCUCGCGCCGUUGAGUGAAUUUUUCGGGCGUCGGCCAGUAUAUCUCGUCAGUUGGACGAUCUUUACCCUGUUCCAGCUUCCUCUCGCGCUUGCUAAGAAUGUGGCGACGAUCUUGGUAUGCCGUUUCAUCCAAGGUUUCGCUGGAUCAACACCCCUUGCCAACACGGGUGGUGUCGUGCACGACGUCUUUGCCGUCAAAGAAGCUGGCUAUGCCGUCGCCAUCUAUGCGCUCUCCAGUGCCGACGGUCCUGCUUUGGGCAAUGUCAUCUCUGGAUACCUGGCCCAAGAAGCCGGGUGGAGAUGGCUUUUCUGGACUUAUUUGAUCAUCUUUGGCACCUUCCUCCUCGUCAUCUUCUUCUUCCUUCCCGAAACCCGCUCCACCAUCAUCCUCGCCCGCAAAACCAAGGCCCUCCGCGCAGCUACCGGUCUCCCCUUCUGGGCCGAACACGAGCUCGUCAAAAAAGAUCCCGGUCAUCUUUGGAAGGUAACCAUCGUCAGGCCCUUCUCUUUCCUGUGGAAUGAGCCGAUUACUUAUCUGUGUGCGGGGAUUAAUGGGUAUAUCUUUGGAAUUGUGUUUUUGAGUAAUGAGGCGUUUCCGUUGAUCUUUGGGUCGGGUAAUGGUGGACACGGAUGGACCCACUCGGGUACAGUCAACGCCACAUUCGGCGCCUACGCCGUCGGCGCCAUCCUCGCCUUCCUCCUCACCCCCCUCCAAGAAUCCCAAUACCGCGCCGCCUCCGCCCGCCGCGGCACCUCCGACCCCGAAGCGCGCUGGUGGUCGUCCCUCUGGGCUACACCGCUCAUGCCGUUGGGGCUGAUGAUUGCGGCGUGGACGUCGUAUCCGCAUUUGCCGUGGAUUGCGCCGUUGAUUGGGAUGACGAUGUUUGGAUUUGGGUUUUAUAUUAUCAUUGCGGCGAUCCUCAACUAUGUCGUCGAUGGAUACGGCCAUUACUCUGCUAGUGCCCUCGGCGGCGUCGUAUUCGUCCGAAACAUUGUCGGCGCCAUCUUCCCUCUCUUCAGUUCACAAAUGUUCAAAGGGAUGGGCAACCAAUGGGCCCUCUUCCUGCUGUCGAUGGUAUCAUUCUUGAUGGUACCCAUUCCGAUCUAUUUCUUCUUUAGGGGUAAGGCGGCGAGGGAUAGGUCGCCUUACUGUGCUGAGCACGCGAAUGAGGAUUAGGUGGGGGUUAUGGGAGAAGAAAAAGAAGGGUAAGAAGAAGAAAAUGGGAAAGGAGGUGAUUGAUUGAUCAAGGAAAUCAGAAGGAUUGAGAUAUAGAACAUAGAUUUUGAUAUAGGACAUGACGUUUGGCAUAGCAUGUAUUAUUUUCAGAAG